UCAUCGGGGCUGAGAUGGCGUGAGCUUGGCGCUCCGAUCCGAGAGAUGGGCUACGAUGCUGAGCCUGGAGAGGCCAAUUUCGAGCCAUGGGCGACGACGAACAUGGAUUAUGGGAAAUUCUAUAGCUUCUACAAGCCGGAUUUCGUCAAGCGGCCUUCGACAGUACACGCAGAUUGCGAGAAGAAAUAUGAUAUGCUCUUGAAAGAGCUCAUGGAGUGCAAGGCGCAGUUGGAUCAGCUUCGAGCUCACAACUCAGCUACUGAUGAUGGGCCUCCUUCGCAUCGAUCGGACGUGUCUUGCGAAGAACAAGAGCACCAGCAAAAUUCUAGAAAAGCUGCCUCCACUCCAUCUCCAAGGCUGUCGGAUCUACUAAAUGAAACAUCGACACAGCAGCAACAGGUCAACGCCACGGAAGCCACCAACAAGGAUUCCAAGAACAGAGUAACUAUCAAAUCUGCCAAGCACAAAGGGCCAUCAAGAAAUCUAUUGCUCAAGCAAGACGCAUUUGAUCGUUUGUCUCGUCCGAAGACUGCUCCAGCUCGUCAUCUAGAUUACUUGAGGAGCUCCCGAGGAAAACCCAAUCCGAUAAAGUAUGAUCAGUACAAGUAUUUCGGAAGAGGAAGCCAAGGCUCUAAGAAGGGCUGGGAAGAACAAGUUCCCCCCAUUAGAAACCAUGCAUUGCCACAAGUUCCACCUUUGAGGUUGCGCCGGCGGCCACAGUACUAAGGGAAACAAAUUUCUUGUUUCAGAUUCUCUGUAAAUCGCGGCAAUUUUUUUUUCAAUGUUUUUUAUUUGCGUAAGUGGUUAAUUUUUCACAUUUGUUAAGGUUUA